AUGAAGUAUUUACCAAUUGUUUUACUCGCAGCGUCAGCGACCGCCAAGCCAGAUCUUUUUGUUAGGGAUACUACUUGUGCUGCGCAAGUGUGUAUUGACGCAGGCAAAUAUUUGGACAACAAAUGCCUACAACAAAAUGUCAAUGUCUUGGAGUGCAUCUGUGAUUUGAGUGGUGAUGAGUAUUGGAACCAAUUGAGCAAGUGUGUUCAGGAAUGUGGCGAAUCCGGCACCGACAGCAGUCCCGCUUCGUUGAGAAAGGUGGUCUGUGAUGCCGCAGAUAGUUAUUCGUCGUACGCCGAACAAUUCUCGUCACAGAUCAAUGCCCUGCCAUCCAGCCGUCGUUUUUCAAGUCAAGCGACCACCGGUAGCUCCACAAGAAAUGCCGGUGCAGUUUUGGGAGCCGGCUCGUUAUUUUCCUUGGUUCUCCUUUCACUUUUGUAA